CCACAAGGCAUUCAAAUCAUUUUUGGUGGCAAAGGAAAUCGGCGGCAUUCCGCCAAUCCAUUUCAAAUUACUUGAGGGCAGCAUCUGUUAAGGUUUGACCGAGUUUGACAACCAACCAGUCAGUCAGUGAGUGUACGAGAUCAAGAGAAGUGGUAGUGGUGGUAGAGCAACUUGAAUCUUUUUGAAGUUAACCAACAAUUCCUCCUCCUCCCACAAAAAAGGAUAAUCCAGGCUGUUGAGCAUUCAUAAUUCUUGUGACCGUAACAACUUUUCACCGUUGUGGUUGUUGGAGCCAUUGCUGUUUGCCACUUUCGUUGAUCCCUAGCGUUGACCCGAGACACACCCCAAAGGAACCUCAAAAUGAAAGUCUAUCAGUGCUUAGCAGUCGUUCUCUUGUUUGCCGCCACAGCUUAUGGUUCAGAGCUCUCAGAAUUUGAGGAUCUGAGUGAUGCCGGGGCAGACGCUAGAUUGUUCUUUGUCAACUUCACAUCUAGUUUAGUUCAAGUGAAUGCCACACUUUUAGCUUAUGCUCUGAUUGCGGCAGCCGUCAUCGGUGCCGUGGCAAUUGCCCUUUACUACUUGUUCCUUGAAUCGCAAAACAACACUGGCUACGGUUACGGUCAAAGCUAUGGCAGCAGCAACUCUUAUGGCUACCAACAAUAUGCCAGGUCUUCCAACGAUGGCUUCGAGUUCAACUCGCUCAACAUCAUCCAAUGGAUCUCCAUGCUCCAAGACCUCUAUGAGCGAUUCGACUACAACGACCUCGAGUGCCAAAAGCGACUCAUCUGUGAAGUCAUGAGGGAACCCGACUACUAUGGUGCCGCUGCCGAGAAAUUCAAGGCUGGAUUCCAAUACGCCAAGUACCUCGAGGUCUUGAGCCUUCCCGACGACAUGAGGGAACUCCUUGACGAAUACUUGGAUGCCAACUCUCGCGCUGACCAGAACAAGGAAUGCGAGGAGUUCUUCCAAUGCCCCUACUCCAUCAAGGAUUCCUUCAAGAGGAACAUCAGUGGCAACAGCCUCUAAGCCCAUUUCUACAUAAUUUUCGUUUAGAAGCAACAAACACAACGCAAACCACGCAUGAACAACCCAACAACCCAACAACUAUUCAAACUUUCCAACUGUUCAACAACAACAACAACAACAACUACACUAUUACACAACUGCCAAAGUGAAUGAGAAUAACCUCCCCGGGUCGUGUAUCCUCAUGAAACGAGGCGAACUCGUUCUUUCUCUACUUCCAAACAACGUAUCAACAAACCUCAAAGAUGUUUCAGGACUCCCUCUUAGACAAAUUUGGGCGGUGAUGGUCUUACUAUCGUGAGAUAGGGCUGGUCGGCCAUUUACUUAUUCGACCCCCUGCUUGCACUUUUCUACUCCACUUCAACAAUCAACUUUCCUCACCCACCCUGGAUGGAUCGGCCCUCCUCAUUCUUCUCCUCUAGACCCAUGUCGAUGAGGCCUUUUCCGGGCACUACUUCUACCAAGACUGCUCCGAGGCCUCUUUCUCUCUCUGUGUUCGGUCCGACGAACUGAAGGCCGAGACCUCGGAGCUUGGACGCACAAAGAAAGUUACAAAAGAAACCCGACGGUAUGUGAUAGAAGACUGGAUGUGAAGCCGUCAUUCUCUCGAGUGGACCCGGUUCCAAACGUCGACGUUCUCUCCGUCCAAGGAGGGGACCCACCCACCUUUGGAGGAGGCUUGGCUGGUUCCAAGCCCCUUGAAGGCUAGACAGGCUGAAGACGCUUGAGGCGGUGCGCCUGCUCUUUAGUAGCACAUUUUAUAUCCGUCUUCCUUAUCAUCAUGAAACAGAAGAAAACUGAACAAAAAAAGUUUCGAAAUUCGACUCCUAUGUAUAGUAAGUACUAAGUACUGUUGUAGAUCGAAAUCAAAUCAAAAAUCAUCGACCUCUACGAUCUGAGAAGAUCGCAGCCUCCAAAACCUCAGUGGAGAGCCACAUACGAUCAUUCACAUUAUCCUCAUUUUCAUCACCACCAACAUCAUUAUCAUCAUCAUCAUCAUUAUCAUCGGAUGCCGCAAGAAGGAGGGAAGGAAGGAAGGAGGGACCUAGUGCCCAUGCAUUGUUUCUCGAAUUCCCAACCAUCCUUCGACCAUUCGAGGCAGUGAGCGAAGGCAGGAUGCAGUGAUGAUUCAUACGAAGUGCUCUUCCAUCAACCAGUAAACUUUUCAGACGACCAACAGACUGCGAUGAGACCCAAGACGACCAAGGACUUCUAAUAGAUAGAGAAUUUGAAGAAAAUGGCCUUACUACCACUAUUACUGCAACUACUACAACAACAACAACAACACCAACAACCGAAUCUUUGGACCCUGAGACCUGCUCCAUUGGAAUCAAAUAUGAACGCUUCGAAGAUCAUUCAUACGAAAACAACUCUAUGAAGAAAGAAACAAACAACAAGAAUAGCAACUGGAUUCAUGAACUAUGAGAGAUGAGAAAACAUUCAUUCAAUCAUUCAUUGUUUAUUUGACAAUCACCUUUCUAAAUAACUACUACUUUAUAUGCCAUGUUCAUAUCUACUACUAAAGUACUUGUUCAGUAGUGUAUUGUGUAAUCGCAGGGUCGUAAUUGUUAAGUUUUUAGUUUAGGAAGAAAUCAAUAUUUAACCUACCUAAAUGAGCUAUGUGAUACUAUGUAAAAUCCCUGAGAAAUUUCAUCAACGAAACAACAAGCAUUGAAAACUCCUCUACUUUCUUGAUCCCCCUUUAUUUUCUUCUUUUUCUCCUAUGCUAAAGGGUCCUGAGAAGAUAGAGGAUUGAAAGUCUGUUUGGUGUGUUUAAUAAGUCUAAAAGAAAAGAUGUGGAAAAUAAAGAACAAAAAAAUAACAAAUCCAAGAAAAAAAUCAAAA